AUGGGGAGAUUUUCACGAGUUGCAGUUUACCUGUUUGUGUAUUUGCUCCACCUGAACUUGGCUUCAUCCCAGCUGCCCCCUGAUCAGCUUUCUGUCCUGACCAGAAUCUACGACAUCUUUCAGAACAACACAGGCCCUCUAUUUGUAUGGAACAACGUCACAAGGGACUCGAAUCCUUGUUCUUGGGGAGGAAUCGAUUGCGGGCCCGACCAUUCCUCGGUAAGAGGCCUCUCUUUCCGCUCGUUUUUCCUCUCCACCUCUGAGUUCCUUACAUAUAUGUGCAGUUUCCCUAGUUUAGAAUCUCUUGAUGUGUCCAAUAAUCGCCUUACCUCUAUACCCAACGCGUUUUUCGAGCCCUGCGGCCAGCAGCCCAGUUUGUUAAGGUCCUUGAAUUUCAGUAGGAAUAGACUCGACGGCCCGUUACCCGCUUUCGGGCCCGGAUUUACCGAGCUUGAAAUCGUAGACUUUUCUCACAAUUCGUUAACUGGUGAAGUGAACUCACAAUUGGACGAAUUAAUUUCACUCAGAAGCUUAAACCUUAGCUACAAUAGGUUCACAGGUCGUGUCCCGACGAGCCUUGGCCGGGCCAAUCUCUUAGAAGAGCUCCAGCUCUCUUGCAAUAAUUUCCAAGGCCAAAUCCCUCCAAACAUCACGAGAUACCUAAAUCUAACUCUUGUCGAUUUGAGCAUCAACAAUCUCUCGGGCCCGAUUCCCGAGGAAUUAGGAACACUCAGUAGGCUGCAAACCCUGGUGCUAUCGAUCAAUAACCUGACGGGCGAGAUUCCUGGGUCGAUUUCGGGCCUGCGGGCCCUCUGGAGAUUUGCCGCCAAUCAGAACAGCUUUAGUGGGCCCAUUCCAUCCGGGCUUACUUCGUAUCUUACGAGCUUGGACCUCAGUUUCAACAAGCUGACAGGGACUCUCCCGCCCGAUUUGCUCUCCGGGCCCAAUUUGCAGUCGGUGGACUUGACUAACAAUGGGAUUUCCGGGCCCAUACCUCCGAACAUCUCGACCAGUGUUUUCCGACUGAGAUUAGGAAGCAAUUCCAUAAACGGGUCGAUUCCGGCAGGCCCGUUUAGCAAUCUUGCGCGGCUGAUCUACUUGGAGCUGGGUAAUAACAGCUUAACCGGGCCAAUACCUUCCGAAUUGGGCUUGUGCAGACUGCUGGCACUAUUGGAUUUGUCUCAGAACGGGCUCACGGGCCUGCUUCCUCCGGAGUUGGGUAGUCUGGCCAAUCUUCAGGUUUUGAGUCUUCAGAUGAACAAUUUAGUUGGCGAAAUCCCGGCGAAUAUUACGUUGCUGAGUUGGUUGCAAAAGCUGAAUAUGAGCAGCAAUGCUUUGAAUGGCUCGAUCCCUUUGUCAAUUUCGAGUUUGCAAAACCUCACAAACUUGUACUUGCAAGAUAAUAAUCUGAGUGGGCCAUUGCCGGAUUCCAUAGGGAGCUUAUCGUCUCUGAUAGAACUCCAGCUGGGCAAUAAUCGACUUUCCGGCCAAAUUCCGGCUUUGCCUUCUAACCUUCAAAUUUCUCUAAACCUGAGCUUUAAUUUGUUCUCCGGGCCUAUUCCUCGUACUCUGUCAAGAUUGACCGGACUCGAAGUAUUAGACCUUUCGAACAAUAGAUUUUUCGGUGAGGUACCGAUUUUCCUCACUCAACUCAGCAGCUUAACCAAGUUAGUGCUCUCGAACAAUAAUCUCACCGGAAUGAUUCCUUCGACUUUCUCAAAACACGUCGAGAUCGACAUAAACGGGACAAAUUUGACCUUUCCCCCUCCAAAUAUUUCUCCCCCGACCCCAAGUAGAAGAAAGAGGCAAACGCUCGCCUCAGAUGUUAUUAUCGCGAUUUGCAGUGCAGCUGUGGCAAUCGGCUUGCUAGUGAUCCUUGCCAUGUUCAUCUCGAGAAAAUUAAACAGAAUCAACGAUGAAAAUCAUCAAAAUCUCGGGCAAGAAGAAGCUCCGGCCCCACAGGUCAUCCAUGGCAAAAUGCUGACCGCAAACAGCAUCCACCGUUCGAACAUCGAUUUUAACCGGGCAAUGGAGUUGGUCUCGGACAACAACGCGAAUCCAAAACUGAGGACGAGGUUCUCGACUUAUUACAAGGCCGUUAUGCCAUCUGGCGCUAGCUAUUUCGUGAAGAAGCUGAACUGGAGUGACAAGAUAUUCCAGCUGGGCAGCCACGAGAGGUUCGGGCUGGAGCUCCAGGUUCUCGGGAAGCUCUGCAACUCAAAUGUGAUGGUCCCACUCGCGUAUGUCCUGACGGCAGACAGCGCGUACCUUUUUUACGAUUUUGCCCCUGAGGGAACUCUGUAUGACGUCCUUCACUGUGGGGCAGGGAGUCGAUUGGAUUGGGCUAGCCGGUACAGUGUGGCUAUUGGGGUUUCUCAAGGUUUGGCCUUUUUACAUGACUGCAACUCGGGCCCAAUCCUACUACUCGAUCUUUCGAGCAAAGGCAUAAUGCUGAGGUCGAUGAACGAGCCUCAGAUUGGAGAUAUCGAGCUCUGCAAGGUGAUUGAUCCCACAAAAGGCAUGAGCAGCCUUUCUACCAUUGCAGGUUCAGUUGGUUAUAUUCCCCCAGAAUACGCGUACACCAUGAGAGUCACGGCAUCUGGAAAUGUGUACAGUUUCGGUAUUGUUCUUCUGGAACUUGUGACUGGGAAGCCAGCUGUCAGUGGAGGGAUCGAACUAGCCAAAUGGGUGUUAAGCAACUCGGCCGAUCAAAGCAAAUGGGAUCAAAUUCUUGAUUCGAGUGUGAGCAGGACAUCGUCUGCUGUAAGAAGCCAGAUGCUGGCAGUGCUCAAGGUUGCAUUGGCUUGUGUGAGUGUCUCGCCUGAGACAAGGCCCAAGAUGAAGAGUGUCCUGCGAAUGUUGCUAAAUGCAAGGUGAUGCAUAAAACAGUGAUGGAUAUGGAAAAAACAAAAACAAAAAACGAUGGGUUCUACAUGAUUAUUAUAGCUAUUAUUAUGUAAGUUUUGACAUGUUUGUGAAAUAUAGAUGGGUAUAGAAAUUUUACUGCUGAAUCGGUUUUGCUGAUUUUGGGUUGUAAUACAGAGUAUCGGUUUAAAGUUGGUGUUGUGAUAUAUAUGUUGAGAAGAUAGUGAGCAAAUGUAUGGUUUGUUCUCUGCUUUUGUGCUUUCAGCUUCCUUCUCAAUGCCUCUGGGAAGCAGUUUAUAACAUAAUCUUCGCAG